CGAUUUGAUGCGUUGGGCAUUUGGGCUGCUGCUGCUGCUAGGCUGCUAGGGAUUGUUGCUAACGAAUUAUUCGAGGACUCGACGGGCACAUUUCUGCCAAGAGAUCCCACACAUACGCACUCUCUCUUCUUAGGCUCGCCUCGCUUCACGGACUGUGUGUACGGGCUUGCACUCGAAUUCCACCUUGUUCAUCCCCUAGUGCGAUAUAAUGUCCCGUUUCUUUCGUGGCGGAGAGUCCAGCUCUGAAUCAGAGUCAGAGUCAGACUUUUCCUCUUCGUCUUCUGAAGACGAACGCAGCAGCAAGAAUGCUUCCGACGCCAGCUCAGACGAUGGCGGCUCAUCCGAUUCGGACUCGGACGAAAAUGCGCCGAGAAAAGGAGCGGGUGGUGCGAGCCGAUUUAUGCGUGGGUUUGCGGGAUCAGACUCGGAUGACAGUGACGCAGAAGACAAAAAGCGGGUCGUCAAAUCUGCAAGAGACAAGCGGUUUGAUGAUAUGCGGAACUCUGUAAAGGCUCUCAAGAAUGCUGAAAAGAUCAAUGACUGGGUUGCCAUUCAAAAUGAGUUUGAAAAGCUGAACAAGGCCUACUCAAAGGCUAACGCCAUCAUUCAGCGAGAAGGCGUGCCACGAUUCUACAUCCGAGCCAUUGCUCAACUGGAAGACUUUUUGAAGGAAACCUUGACAAAUAAGGAUGCAAUCAAAAAAAUGAAUGCAUCGUCAUCUCGUGCGUUGAAUGCCAUGAAGCAAAAGUUGCGCAAGCACAACAAACAGCACGAAGCAGAUAUUGAAAAGUGGCGCGCGAACCCUGUGACGGAGGCAGCGUCUGCUGACGAAGCUGCGAAAAAGGCAGCCCAAGAGGCUAGCUCCGAGGAUGAGUCUUCAGAUGAGUCAGAAGACGAGAAGCCGGCAGGUCGCUCAAAGUGGGUCAAGGGCGGAGACUCAGAAACAGACGAGUUUGAGAAACCCAAGCAGCGAACAAAGAAGAAGGGAUCCAAAGCCGCAGCCGCGGCUGCUGAGGAAAAGGGGGAGCCGGGUGAUUUCCAGGUGGUCGGCAAAGGUGGAAAAGUCUUUGAUGUCAAGCCUGAAAACUUGUUCAAAAAACUGAGGGAGAUCAUUGAGGCUCGUGGUAAAAAGUCUACUGAUCGUCAACUGCAAAUGCAACAUUUGGAGCGCAUCUUGGAAGUUGCCAGUACCCCCUACCAAAAGGUCAAAGUCCUUCUUGCCCUCGUUCCCUCGCGAUUCGACUCUGCCCCAUCUUCGACAGGUUACAUGGCCGUGGACGUGUGGAAGAGUGCUUCAGGAGAGCUGAACCAAUUGUUUGGCUACCUUGAGGAGCACACCAACAUUCGCAUCGUCGAAAUGUCGGAGGAAGAGGACGAGGAGGAUGUUGCUGAAGAAAAGUUUAAGAAUGCGGACACUGUAACGAUCCGGGCCAGCUUGAGCUCAUUGAUUGACCGUAUCGACGACGAGUUCACCAAAUCCCUCCAGCACAUUGACCCCCAUACCCUGGAUUACAUCAACCGAUUGAGGGAUGAGACUGUCCUUUACGCUCUCAUUGUCCGCGCCCAAAAGUACUUUGAGCGCAUUGACUUUGACCUUGCUGUGGACCAUACAAAGAUGCGGCGCGUCGAGCACUUGUACUACAAACCUGACGCGGUCAUCCAGGCCGUCGAAAAGGAAGUCCGGAACCUGUAUCCCGCUCUCAACGAGGCGCUUGAGGAGCCUGUGGCACUGGUCGAUCACCUGUGCACAAGCUUGUACAAGACCAGCACGGACCGCAUUAGAACACGCUCACUUCUCUGCCAUGUGUACCACCUCGCCCUUCAUGACAAGUUUGAAAAGGCGCGCGACAUGAUGCUCAUGUCUCACCUUCAGGACCACGUGGCGCAAACAGAGGUAUCUACCCAGAUCCUUUUCAACCGGACCAUGGCGCAGAUUGGUUUGUGUGCUUUCCGAUGUGGAAUGGUCAAGGAAACCGCCAACGCAUUGCAAGAAAUUUCGUCAUCUGGAAAGGUCAAGGAACUGUUGGCUCAGGGUGUGCAGCUGCAAAAGUACUCUGACAAGACGCCCGAACAAGAGAAACUGGAAAAGCAACGGCAAUUGCCUUUCCACAUGCACAUCAACCUGGAAUUGCUGGAAUGCGUUUACCUAACGUGCUCCAUGUUGCUGGAGAUUCCAAACAUGGCCGCCAAUGCGCACGAACCCCGUCGCAAGGUGAUUAGCAAACCAUUCCGGAGAAUGUUGGAUUACAAUGAGCGUCAAGUCUUUACUGGCCCCCCAGAAAACACGCGCGACCACAUUAUGGGCGCUGCGAAAGCCCUGGCCGCCGGCGAAUGGCAGCGCUGCCGGGACUUGAUCCACGCCAUUAAGAUCUGGGAUCUCGUGCCCAACACGGAAAAGAUCAAGGAAAUGCUCACCGAAAAGAUUCAAGAAGAGGGUCUCCGGACGUACUUUUUCACCUACUCCCCUUACUACGAUUCCCUGGGCAUUGAGCAACUCGCCUCCAUGUUCUCGCUUCCCGUACCCCAAGUCCGCGCCACCGUCUCCCGCAUGAUCAUCAACGAAGAACUGCAUGCCUCCAUUGACCAGCCGACAAACUCUGUCGUCCUGCACCGUGCCGGACCGGGUGUCGAGACAUCUCGCCUGGAAUUCUUGGCAGGUCUAUACGCGGACAAGGUGAGCAGUUUUGUAGAGUCCAAUGAAAAGCUCCUGGAGAGUCGGUCCAUGUUGCUUGGUUUGCAGCAACAGCAGCAGCAGAGAGAUUUCAGGUCACGUGGUGGCGAGAGAGCGCAUGGUGGGUACCGUGGGGGUGAAAGACGGGGUGGACGCCAAGGUGCAUAUGGGGGUGAAAGAGGCGGACGGGGCGGGCGUUCUGGGAGAGGACAGGGACAGCGUGCUGGGCGAUAAGCUGGUGGGCUCUCUCGGUGUGUGUGUGUGUGUGUGUGUGUGUAAUCAAUGGUGUGUGUAAUGUAUAUCAUAGAGUGGGAUUCUGUUUAUGCAAGAUGGUACGGCGUUUUUUUUGAUGUUGGUGAAUACGUG